AUGGCGGAGCUAACCAGGGUCUCCAUGGAGACCCCUGAUGAGCAGCGCCUGUAUUUGCUGCAUCCUCAUGCACCCCACAGCCUGGCAGACCUGCUGCGCUUUAACCCCUCCAGCCUGGCAGAUGACGUGGCCAUCAGACUCAUGCUCUACCAGAUGAGUAACUUUGAUUACCUCAUGCAACUGAAUCACUUGGCGGGGAGGAGGCAGGGCAAUCCUGCGUUUCACCCAAUCCUCCCCUGGGUCAUUGACAUGUCUGUGCCACCAGAGGCGACCAUGCACCUCACUCUGGAGGAAGAAUCUGAAGCACCGGGUUGGCGUGAUCUGACAAGGACCCAGUGGCGGCUGAGCAAGGGCGAUGAGCAGCUGGACUUCACAUACAGCAACUCUGACAAGCCCCACCACAUCUCGGAUGAAAUCCUGUCAGAGCUUGCCUACUGCAUCUACAAGGCAAGGCGGCUGCCAGUGGAGGUUUUAACAACUGUGGUAAGGGCGGUGUUUGAGCCCAACGAGUAUCCUGCCUCCAUACAGCGCCUGUACGCCUGGACGCCAGAUGAGGCCAUCCCAGAGAUUUAUAAUGACCCCACUGUCUUUUCCUCCAUCCACCCUGCCAUGGCUGACCUGGCCGUGCCUGAGUGGUCGUCUGGGCCAGAGGACUUUGUGGAACGGCACAGGGCUGCACUGGAGAGUGAGCGGGUGUCCAGCAUGAUGCACCACUGGAUAGACCUCACCUUCGGCCACAAGCUGACUGGGGAGGCUGCAGUGGCGGCCAAGAAUGUGGCCCUGCCGCCGUCCAGCACAGCUCAGCGCUUGCAUGGCAGAGCACAGCUAUUUAACCAGCCCCAUCCUCCCAGGGGCCCUCGCCCUGGACAGACAAAAGCCCCUCCGAAGAGUCUGAGCGAGGCGACGCAGCGCAACAUGACACUGCUGGAGCAGCUGGAGAGCAGCUACAGCCUGCUGGCAACACAGCCAGGGGAGGCAGCUGCAGCAGCCGAGGGAGGUCUUGUGGUGCCAACUGAGGACAGCCCACGGAUGGACCAGACGGACAAAAGUUCCAGCUCUCUGGAUAGCGAGGCAUCAGAAACAGGCAAAGAUGACGCCCCAGAAACUGCAGAACCAUUGCAGCCUGCUGGAUCGGCAACCAAACACAGCAUGGAGCCUGCUGAGGCCGGCAGCGGAUAUGCGAAUGACAGCGAUGCAGACCGCAGGAGGAGUCAUAGCCUGGCCUCAGCGCAAGCGCAGGAUGUGGCGGCAGUGGGAGCGCUCAUUGUGCAGCUCUACACACGCAGAAUGCACUAUGUGCGCUCGACAGAUGCACGUUACUGGUGCAAUCAGAUCAAGCAGCUGCCCUCCGCCGCUCGCAGCAUCGCAGCCGCCUGCCUGGCAGGGGUAGGGGCUUCCACAGAUCAGCUGUUGCAAGACGAAUUCUUCACAGGCAGCGUCCGCACGGCCGCCAAGUUCCUUAUUGCUAUUCAGGCGCCUCUGACAAUGAGGGGUCAAGGCUGUGGCACGAGAUCUUGGCCCCAGAAACAGCCUGAGGAGGGGUUGAGCGUGCCAGGCGCCAGCGAGAGCGCAUCAUGGGCGCUGGGCGUGCCAUGCGUGCAUCGAGUGCUGGAGGACUUGGCAGAGUCGGGGGGCGUUCAAGAGCUGCACAAGACUCCUGGAGCCCUGCACAUAUGCCUCCCCGCCAUUUUGCAGCUGCUGGAGGCGGCUGCCCUGCUGCGUACUGAGCGGUCAGUAGGGGAUACAAACGCAGCACAGAGCACUGGUGACGGCGUGCACGCUGCAAGCAAAGUUGCCGGCAGCUUUGUGACGGUCUGGCAGCAGCUGCUGCAGUGCCUGCCUCGACCCGAGGUGCAGCGGGAGUGCGUGCCACUGUGGCAGAGAAUGCUCAGCGGCCGGCCACUCGGUGGUCAUAGUAGCAGCAGGAGCUCUGGUCAGCCGGUCAGCCCAGGCUUCCAGGCAGCCCUGCUGCAGAUCGAUCUACUGAAGGGCUUGAUAUCGUCCAUCGGCCUCACUGCCUUCCUGGACAGCGUGCAUCCGCACACCCUUGACACCGUCUGCGGCGCGUCCCAUGCCGGGCAUUCUGCGCGGCCCCCCCAAAGUCUUGUGACCCAUGCCAGCCAGGCUCUAGUAGAUCUGGCGGCGUGCCUGCCUCUGCCCAUCACAACCGAGCACAUCUUGCGGCCGCUGCUGCUGUCGCUGCCGCAGGGACCGGACGUGGCACUGGCCGCCAUCCAUCUGGGCGACGCUCUGGGCAGCGCCUUUGUCGCCGCCCACAUGCUGCCAGCCCUGCUGGGCGUGCUGACCUGCCGCCCCGGCAGCGCGCUGGCCGUCUCUGAGACCCGCUCCGGCUCUGUCCCCCGCUCAGAGGAGGGGCAGCAGGGCCAAUUGGCGGCGGCUGCGCUGAACGCGCUAACAACUUUAGAGGGGCUGCUGCCUGCACUGGGGCGCGACACGGUGCUGUGUCCGCUGCUGGCGGCGCGGCCGGCCUCGGGGGAGCGGCUGCUGCCGGCUCCCCUGCUGGGCCCCCUGCUGUGCCCCCACCCCCAGAUGGACCCCCUGCUGCGAAACCGCAUUGCCGGUCUAGUCCUGCAGGCGUGCAAUGCGGCGGGCGGGGCAGAGGUGUUGACGAUGGAGGUGCUGCCCCAGCUGCUCCCCAUCUUCACAUGCUCCGCCACACAGAGGCGAGCCUACGGCUGCUCCAUUUCAUUGCCGCCUCCGGCCCCGGCGGAGGCAUCGCCCGCGCAGACCGGCAGCCUCCCGCCGCCCAACGCAGCCUCGUCAGAUGCGCUGACCCUGCAGCGACGCAUGCGCGAGGCCAUCAGCCUUGCUGCUGGAUCUGGCGCCGUGCACUCAGGUGGGCCGCCAGUGCAAUCGAGAAUGCAGCAGGGAGGCAGGGAGGGCGAGGGCGAGGACAGCGGCUACUGGGACCUGGUGUAUCUGCUGUACCCAGAGGCUGUGGAGGCUGCCGGCCUGGGACUCAUGCACGAACUUGUCUCCUCCUGGCCCUUCCUAGAAAGAACGCUCGCGGUGAGGUACGGGUGGACGCCAACAGCGGCGUUGGGACCCCAGUUGGCGCGGCUGUCGGAACGCGCAAAGGCGGCCACUCUGCGCGACUGCACGGACCGGAUUGACUACGAGGCUGCCUUCGGCUCCGAGGCCUGGCGCUCGCCCGAGAGCCCAGCCAAGGGCGAGGUGAGGCGGGCAGAGCAGACGGCGGCGCGCCUCAUUGAUGAUAUCGGCUGGUCCACGCCGCUCGUGUGGCCGGGCGUCAGCGCCAGCGUCGGCUUUGCGCCCGCCGCGGCCGGCGCUGUUCCCUCCUCCGCACCACUGCCGCGGAGCGCCGUGAGCCCAUCCGCCCCUCUGCAGCGCCCCCCGUCCAGGGACGGCGGAGCAAGCCCGAGGGAGUCCCCGACAGCAGCUGGAGGCCGGGCGCGCUCAGCAAUGCCGGAGCCGAGCGCAGGCCCUCGAGGUAGCGAGUGGCUGUGGCUGCCUGGGGAGGGCUCCUCUGAGUGGAUGGACCCCAGCAUUUGGUCCACCCCGGCUGGGCCGCGUUACUCAGGCGGCAAGGCGCGGGUCUGGGCGCGGCCGUGGCGGCUGCAGGCGCGGGUGGUGCAUGCGUGGCGGGCGCACCGCGAGGGCAUGCAUGCAUGUGCGGCCGCGCCGUCCGAGGAUUUCGUCGUCAGCGCCGGCCGCGCCGCGUCGAGCGGCCGCGAGGCCGACGUGCUGCGAGUCUGGGACCUCGCCACGUCAACCGCAGGUGUCCAGUAUCAGGGCCACGAGGGGGCCGUGACAGCGCUGUGCAUCGUGCCCAGCACCGCUCAGCUGGUGGCGUCCUGGUGGACAAACUUUGGUGCGGCAGAAAACGGCGCAGAGGCAAGUGGAAGCGAAACAGCCAGGCCCGGCUCGGCGGCCGCUGCGGCCGCAUUCUCGGCAGCCGCAACCAGUGCCGCGUCGGCCGCCGGAUCUCCGCCAAAGCAGCCAGCACUGACCGGCUACACAUGCGUGGCGGCUGCGGCGCGCGGCGGUGCGGAUGUGAUCGUGGCCGGCACGGCGGACGGCCAAGUGCGCUGGCUAGACCUGGAGUGCGGAGCGCCGAGCGCUGACCUGUACUGCCGCCCACUCAGCCGCUGGCAGGUGCAGGGCAGCAGGGCUGUGGUGGCAGUGCAGCAGGGAGGUGGAAAUUCCCACAGUCACGGAGGGUGUCUAGGGGCUGGGCUGGCGAGCGGGCAGGCAGCGCUGGUUGAUGCGCGCUGUGGCGGGCUGACUGCCUUCUGGCAGGCACAUGAAGCUGGGCUCUCCACUCUGGCCUGCUGCAUGGACCACAUGCUGCUGACUGGCUCCCAGGAUCAGAGCUUGAAGCUGUGGGAUGUCCGCAUGCUGCCGAGCAGCACAGACAGCGGUGGCGCUGUGGCAGGCGUGCCGCGAUGCCUGCACACCUUUGAGGGCCAUCGAGAAGCCAUAGGCGGGGUCCAAGUGCAGGGCAGGGAUGCCGUGUCUUUUGCGGGGCAGCACCUGGGCGUUUUCUCGUUGCAGGCACCUUUCACGCAGCGGAUCAAGCCCGUCAGGCUGCAGGGAGCUAGGGGAGCAAAGGAGUCUGGGUCACUGGUGGCGCUCAACAUUCUGACUGAGAGCCGCCUGCUGGUGGCAGGCAUGGAGGAUGGAUACAUCAAAGUGUGCACCUGA